AAAUGGGUUACCCCACCACCAUCUGGCAACCGAGGCGUCGGGCCACACACUUGUUCCCGACGCUCAUCUUCCUCGUCUGAUCCCACGCCGCACGGAUCUAGCACUGGUGCUAUCCCUGGGCGAUCUGACCUGACGCAGGGCAACAGGCGUGUCAACACAGCUCUCCCACCCCUCUUGUUCUACCACACUAGAUUACUGCAUAGACAGACACCCGCGCCCGCGAUGUCGGAAUACGAUUAUUCUCCACAGGCGGCGCAACAAUACCAACGCACGCAGCAGCGUAUCUCUAACUGGGCUACGGAUACCGCUGCGAACUCGCACAAGUACAAAUCGCCGUUCGUUCCCCGCUCAGACGUGCAAGACUCCUACCACACCUCCAGCCGGGACAGGCACCGCUCGCCAUCGACGUCGCGCCACUCGUCCUCGUCCCGCUCGUCGUCCAAGUCGCACCCGAAGCACGACCGCCGCCAGCCGCAGCGCUCGUACUCGCACGACAACCACGAGCCCGUCAUGCGCUCGCCGCUGCGCGCCAACACGCUCGCGACCAUGACGCUCGUCUCCCCGAACGACUCCAUCUCGCAGGUCAUGGCCCCCACGUCGCGCCGCGGCCACCACGCGCGCGCGCAGUCGCACUCGCCCUCGCGGCAUACCAGCACGCGCGCGCGCAACCACCGCCGGACGCAUACAUCCGGCGGCGGCGGCGGGUACGUCGUGCAGGUGCAGAGCCCGCACGGGGUGUACCAGGUGAACGCCGCGCAGCCGGGCGGGGGUGGGUACUUCCAGCCGCAGCCGCAAGCGCAGAUGCAGAUGCAGCAGCCGAUGCAGCAAGUGCAGCAGCCGGCGGCGUGGAUAAUAGACCCGCGGACGGGCAAGGUGCAAGCUGCCUACGCCAACGUUGUGGUGCCACAAGCACAGCAGCCGGCUUUCGUGUAUCCGCCCGCGCCGCAUCCGGUGCAGGAACAUCACGGCGGUUGGUGGAAGCGGUUGCUCGGCAGCAGCAGCACGGGGAGUGGCAGUGACAAGCGGCAUGGCCGGACGAUGAGUCGCUCGAAGAGAUAGACUUUGGAUCCCUAAUCUACAUAUCGGAAACCAUAUACCCUAAAAGCAUCUAUUACCCACAUAUAGAAGACGUUCGUGUAUAGCAAGUAGUUUAGUUACGUUCGACAUACCCACGACUGGUGAAACGUCGCGGCUCAGUUGACUAGA